AUGGAUGUUUUAGACAGAUUUAAAGCUAAUGUUAAGAAAAGUCGUGAAAAUGGAUGUAUAAGUUUAUUAGAUGGUGUUCCACAUGAAACUAAGUUAAAACCAUGUGAAGUUAUUAUCAAGAAAGCUAUGAAUGGUUUGCUUCAUGCAAAUGUGGAUGCAAAUAAAACAUUUAGUUAUGGACCUGAACAAGGUGAUGCAGAGUUCCGACAUGAAGUAGCUAAAUUUUUAUCUCAACAAUAUGACAGUACAGUUAACAGUGAAAACCUCAUAUUAACUGCUGGUGCUACACAUGGAGUUCACUUAUUAACCUCGGUUUUAUUUGGUCGGGGAACCCACUGCUUCAUAGAAAAUCCAACAUAUUUUGCUAUGCAGAGAGCUUUAAAAGAUGAUUUACACAUGAAUGUUAUACCAGUUAAAACAGACAGCCAUGGUAUUGAUGUAGAAGAUUUAGAUAGACUUUUAACAGAACAGAAACCUCAAGAUAUACCUAAUGAUAUGAUAUAUUGGGCUUGUGUUUAUACUGUACCUGUAUAUAAUAACCCUAGAGGACUGUCAUAUUCACCAGAAACAUGUAAAGCAUUAAUAAAAUGUGCUAGAAAACAUAAAGUAUUGAUAAUAUGUGAUGAUGUUUAUAAUUUACUUUGUUAUGAUUCUAAACAUCCACCACAAAGAUUAUUUUCCUAUGAUAAUCCGACUGACAGUGAUUAUUAUGGUAAUGUGGUAUCUAAUGGAAGUUUUACUAAAAUUCUCAUGCCUGGUAUUCGUGUUGGCUGGAUUGAAGCUCCACCAAUAAUAGUCAACAGACUUGUUCAUAGCUCUUUAACCUUCAGUGGAGGAAGUUUCAAUCAUUUUGGUGGUCAAAUAGUUACAGAGAUAUUAAAGUUAGAUUUAUUAGCACCACAUUUAGAGUUUUUGAAAGAAAAUUAUGCGAAAAAUAUGAAGAUUAUUAUUGAUACACUGAAUACAGUUCCUCAUCUAAAAUUUAUAAAACCAGGAGGAGGGUUUUUCAUCUGGGUUGAGAUACCAAAUGAUAAUGUAGAUGCUUUAGAGUUCUUGACACAAGCUGUUGAUAAUAGAACUGUAUCAUUUAUACCAGGACAGUGUACCUCACCUACUGGAGAGUUCAGUAACUGUGUAAGGCUGUCAGUAGCUAAAGAACCAGACUACAGAGUCAAAGAAGGAAUAGAAACAUUUGUUGAUCAAUACAAGAGACUAAUGGAUAAAGAACAAUCCUGA